CUUGUAACAAAACACCUUCUGGAAGGUUGUUCUUUCAUUCUUUUUUUGUUUUUUCUUUUUUUAUCCGUAUCCGAGACUGCGUCUCGUGCCUUCUCUUCUCCUACUUGUCAGGUACAAGCAAUUCAAUUAACUUGCAACAUGUUGGGAAAACCACACCAUCACCACGCACCAGACGUUUCCAGCCCGGUCCUUCAUUAUACAAAUGCAGUGCAACGGAAUGACCUCCAGACCCUCGCCGCGACCACCGUGAGCGACCAGCAUGCUUCUGACCCCCGAACUAUAUCACUCCUGGGCCUGCAGCGUCCCAGGACUUCAGAAGGCCGCGACAGACGCCCCAACCUGCGAAUAGCUAUACCCCCGAUGGAUGACCUGCCACUUCCCCCCGUCAUUCAUGACGGUGGUUAUGAAUCCGACGGAAGUAACCUAAUCGGCAUCGCAUUGGGGAGCCCCCGUCUCGUUCAUCGAAGAAACGGCGCCCAAGCAGAACAACAGCACCACAAAAACGAGAAACGACGCUACCACCCCGCCCUUGAAAAACCCAAACGCCCUUUGCAGCGCAAACCCAGCAAAUGGCGUAAAAUUGGCGGCCUAUUCAAGCACAAGGACGCCGCCGCCCCAAAUCAGGUUCGCAACCACAAGCACAAGCCCCCGGAAUGCGGAGGCGAGCCCGACUCAGGCGUCGAGGAUAAGGGUAAUUGUUUCGGGGGUAGGACUGGUGGAAAGAUUAAGUCAUGUCUAGAGGCUAAACGGAGAUUGAAAGCAGAGAACACAAGUGCAAACGCGAGCGCGAACGCAAAGUCGGCAGCCAGGGACGCUGAUGCGUCUAAGGGAGACGAUUCGGCGCCUAUGCUAGAGGUUGACAUUCCGGAUGCGCAGAUGGAGAGGUAUAGUGUUAUGUUUGGGGGGUUGUUUGGGCAAGGGAAGCCGGGGCUUUUGUCGAGGAGGAGUAAGGCAAUGGAUGAAGUGAUUGCGUCGUCGAGGAUAAACGGAUCGCCAGAAACCCAACGACCCAGACGAGCUACUUCCCCAACACGAUCCAGAACACCAAGUUUCUCACUCUUCCCAACAACGCAAGUUAGCAAAGCAUCAAAGGUCCUGGGCACUUCAAACAUCCCCCGCGGACCAAGUCCAUUAGCCAGGAGCCAGACCCUACCAACAGGCCAAGAGCAAGAAUCUCUCUUAAAUGCCUACAGCCCCUUACCAUCUCCAAUGUCAUUCAGAUCGCGAACCUCCGAAGUCUCAUCCAGCAUCGCACCCAAUGGUUCAGGGAAAAAAGUAUCCGUCAACGUCGGUAAAGACACUAUUUUCAAAGCUACCAGCCCAUUCUCAGAAAACAUCAACGGCAAUGACCAGAAACCACCAAAGGCCCUCUCCAUUAACACAGACCUCGAACCCCAAUCCCCCAAUACCCGCAAUGCCUCCACAGCAUCCUCCCCCGUCCUCUCCCCGCUCGACGCAACCCGCGACAAAGUCAAUAGCAUCCUCUCCCCAGCAACAACACCAAACGAAAAUGAAUACACAAACCAGGACAACAAAAAAACCGGAAAUCAAGAUCUCCCUGUAAACGACACCGAGAACCUCCCCAAAAUCGAAAUCUCAAUUGCGCGAUCCGUCUCCGUCUCCAAAAGCAAGAAGAAACAAGUCCUUGUUCCCAUUAGGCCCAGAAAUGACCAGUUGACGCCCGACAGUCUUGGGACUGGGGAGAGGAAGGGGAAGACGCCGCAGGUUAUGGAUGGGUAUUUUGGACAUCGGCCAGGGACGUCGCAGGAUGUAAGAAUUGAAAAUGUUUUGAGUGCUUGAGGCUGAAUUAUUGCUUGUGGGUGUUAUGUUAGGACUAGGCUGACUUGUUUUUGUUUUUGUUUCAUAUCAUACCCUGUUGUGUUGCUUAUUCUUUGCUCUUUUGUUCCAGUUUUGAUAUUCUCUUCUCAUUUUUGAUGGUAGAGCCAUCAUUUUCUGCCUUUCAGUUUCUCAUUUGUUUUUACUUUCAUCUUUCUUUCGAGUCUCCUGGAAUUCUAGGCUCUGUCUUCUUCAAGCCCGACGAAAUCUAUUGGGUUAUAUAUUUCGUCAAUGACACUUCAUGUUUAGAUAUUCUUGAGCUUCGUCGGAAUUCAACAUAUUUAUCGAG